AUGGCGAUGUGGGUUUUCGGGUACGGGUCUCUGAUAUGGAAAGCGGGUUUCCGGUACGAUGAGCGGGUCGUGGGUUUCAUCAAAGACUAUCGCCGUGUUUUCUACCAAGGAAGCACGGAUCAUAGAGGGACGCCCGAGUUUCCCGGAAGAACCGUCACAUUGCAGCCUGCAAAGGGAGAAAAUUGUUGGGGCGCGGCUUACAAAAUAACAAACAAGGAAGAUAAACUGUCUGCUUUGGAGUAUCUUGAAGUGAGGGAGAAGCAGUAUGACAAGAAGGAAUACGUUGAUUUUUUCACUGUAAGUAUACGUCUUAAUUCAUACAUAGCAUCUGCAGACAAGACAUUGAACCAUAACUACUUAGGACCUGCCUCACUUGAAGAAAUUGCCAUGCAAAUAGUCAAGGCACAAGGCCCCUCAGGACCAAAUAGAGAAUACCUUUUCAAACUAGAAAAUGCUCUUAUUCAAAUAGGAUGUGAAGACGAGCAUGUCACUGAUCUGGCAAACGAAGUUAGGCGUAUAAUCUCACAAGGGGAACCGGACGUUGAAUGA